UUUCCUAGCCAAACGCACGCGCUCUGAAAUCCUCCUGCAACAUCCACGAGAAGUUGGUCACGAGAGACCCGAGCGACCAUCGAACAAGGCGCGAUAAACCGCGAGCAGUGUCGACUGGCAUGCCUCUGCCCUGAAAUUGGUUUAUUCGGUUUUUAUCGAAACUGUUGUGGUUGGCUAAGCUGUAAAACACACCCCUCCCGUGAGGAGUAGACUGAGCUCAGACUGGAGUUUGGUCAUCAGCAUCCGCUCCGCUUUUUUACGGUGUGCUAGCUAAUUAUCUGCCUCCUUUAAAUGGAUUUUACUGUAUUGUUGUUUGUUUAAACGACAAAUUUGAAUACGCGGCGCUUGUUUGACUGAGAAGCUCUUAUUUUAGCAGACGGGUGAGGCAAAAGCAGAGGAUCACACACACAUGUAGCCGCUGUGAGGCUAGCAGAGGAAGUGGACUGUUACUUUUCCAUCCCUGUAUGCUGGAAGGAGUCGCUCGCCUGGAUGAAUCACUGUUAUGGAGACGCGAAAUGCCACAUAAAGGCCGAUCUCUGUGACUUACACAGAGACUAAUACCUUCACCAUCAUUAACAGUUUCACUCGGAGCUGUCUGCAGCAGCACUGGUAACGUUAAAUGAGUUAGCAGAGGAUCGAUCCUCCACAUGCUAGCCCAUUAGCCAACUCCCCAAGUGAUUCGUCAAGCACAGUAUUAACAGUUUAUGUCGUGUCAGUCUAUUAUUUGUAAACCAUAGACCUUUAUAUUGCGAUUGGAACAUGUCCUUUUUCAAUUUUCGGAAGAUAUUUAAGUUGGGAACGGAGAAGAAGAAGAAACAGUAUGAGCACGUUAACAGAGACGUCAACCCCGAGGAUUUUUGGGAGAUCGUCGGAGAGCUUGGGGAUGGAGCUUUUGGCAAAGUCUACAAGGCUCAGAACAAACAGACUGGGAUCUUGGCUGCAGCUAAAGUGAUCGAUACCAAAACAGAAGAGGAGCUUGAGGACUACAUGGUGGAGAUCGACAUCCUCGCCUCCUGUGACCAUCAGUAUAUAGUCAAACUGCUGGAUGCUUUCUAUUUUGAGAGCAAACUCUGGAUUCUCAUUGAGUUUUGUGCUGGAGGAGCGGUAGACGCUGUGAUGUUGGAGCUGGAGCGGCCACUGACAGAGCCUCAGAUCCGGGUGGUGUGUAAACAGUCGCUGGAGGCGCUGGUUUACCUCCAUGAGAAUAAGAUUAUACACCGGGACCUGAAGGCUGGAAAUAUUCUCUUUACCUCAGAUGGAGACAUCAAAUUGGCUGACUUUGGAGUGUCUGCAAAGAAUACAAAGACCCUACAGAGAAGAGACUCUUUCAUUGGAACGCCAUACUGGAUGGCACCCGAGGUGGUGAUGUGUGAGACGUCAAAGGACAGACCGUACGACUACAAAGCGGACAUCUGGUCCCUGGGGGUGACACUGAUUGAGCUGGCACAGAUCGAGCCACCCAACCACGAGAUGAACCCAAUGAGAGUCCUGCUAAAAAUAGCAAAGUCUGAGCCCCCCACACUGGCAUCUCCAUCACGAUGGUCUCCUGAGUUCAGUGAUUUCUUGCGGAAAGCAUUGGAUAAGAAUGUAGACAACAGGUGGAGUGCCUUGCAGCUCUUACAGCAUCCAUUUGUUUCUAGUCUAGUGGAUAACAAACCACUUCGAGAACUGAUUGCUGAAGCUAAAGCCGAAGUGGUUGAGGAGUUUGAAGAGGGAAAAGAGGAAGAGGAGGAAGAAGAGCCCGAGCCACAGUCGGCAGUGCAAGGGCACAAACGUGCAUUAUCGGACACCAGUGUUGGCAGCUCAGAGGAUGAGAGGCAAAAUCAGAACACGCCAACUCUUGAGUCGGUCACAGAGAAAGCUGAACCUGAAAGAACACCUGAGCAUCAAGCUUGUGACAAGACAUCUGUGGAUGCUCCCGAAUCCAACCAUGCUGAGGAUGGGAAGAUGGUUGAAGCCAAUGUGUCAGACACCAGCACUGAGGAAUUACGUUCUGGUGACGAGCCCAUAUCAAAGCAAGAAGAAUCUCCUAUGCCAGUUAGCACAGAAGUGGAGGUUACUGAUCACCCGAAUGCUCCAACAGCAAAUGACACCAACCUCCAAGAGAUUGUAACUGUCAGUGAGGAAACUGGUGAGGAGGAAAAGAAAGAAGUGAAGGUGGAAGAGAAACUAGAGAAGAAAGAAGAGGAGUCUGAAGAAAUGAACCAGAAAGCCAAAGCACAAAGCAUCACUGAUGAAGAAAAGGAACAUGCCUUGCCUUCAGAUGAAGCUGAACCGAAGAGUAAAUCCGAUGGUGUUACUGAAGAAGCCAUUACUGAACCAACAGAGGUUACAGGAAAAACUGAAGACAAGCUUGAGACUGAACAAGAGGUGGAAGAAAAGGAACCAGUAGAAUAUAAGCCAGUUACCUCAGCUGAUGUUCCUACAGAAAAAGUGAAGGAGCAAACAGAAACUUCACCAGAUAUUUCUACAGAAGAAGUAAAGGAGCAGCAACCAGAAACCUCACCAGAUGUUUCUAAAGAGGAAGUAAAGAAGGAGCAACCGGAAACUUUACCAGAUGUUUCUUCAGAAGAAGUAAAGGAGCAACCGGAAACUUCACCGGCUGUUUCUACAGAAGAAGUUAAGGAGCAACCGGAAACUUCACCAGCUGUUUCUACAUCAGAAGUAAAGAAGGAGCAACCGGAGACUUCACCAGAAGUUUCUAAAGAAGUGAAGGAAGAUCAGUCGGUCCCAGAGGACCAAAAUAAAGCUGAAGAAAAGGCAGAGGUUUCAGAACCCAAGGGGGUAGAUGUGGUAGCAGACACCUCUGUGAGUAAAGUUCCUGUUGUUGUCAUCAAUGGUGUGAAAGAAGAGGAGGUCAGUGCUACAGAAGAGCCUGCAGAAGCACAUGAAGACAGACCAGAGAUCCAGGAAGCCCCUGCCAUGCCUGAAAGUGACCACAAUACAGUAGAUGUGGCAAAACCCGAUGCUGAAAAGGAGAAAGACUCAGAUUCAGGCAGCAGUUCUGCUGCAGAUACUAAUAGCAUUGACAUCAAUCUGUCCAUUUCCAGUUUCCUCUCCAAGAGCAAAGAAGGAUCUGUUUCAAUACAGGACAUCAAGCGCCAAAAGAAAACCCUGAAAAAGACUCGCAAGUUUUUGGUCGAUGGGGUGGAAGUCAGUGUUACCACAUCCAAGAUUGUCACAGACAAUGACACCAAGAGUGAGGAACUGAGAUUCCUGAGGCGCCAAGAGCUACGAGAACUGAGGCUGCUGCAGAAAGAGGAGCAAAGGGCUCAACAGCAGCUCAGCAAUAAACUGCAGCAGCAGAAAGAGCAACUCUUCAGACGCUUUGAGCAGGAAAUGUCGGGAAAGAAACGACAGUAUGACCAAGAGGUGGAGAACCUUGAGAAACAGCAGAAGCAGACUAUAGAGCGUCUGGAGCAGGACCACACCAACCGACUGAGAGACGAAGCCAAGAGGAUCAAAGCUGAGCAGGACAAGGAGCUCUCCAAGUUCCAGAACAUGCUGAAGAAUCGCAAAAAAGAGGUCAAACAAGAGGUCGGACUGUCCCCCAAACACAUGAGAAAAGAGCUCAUGAAACGCUUAAAAGAAGACCUAGCUGCCGUUCAACAUGGAGAGGAGCAAGAGUUUCUCCAGAGACAGCAGCAGGAGCUGGACGGAGCUCUGAAAAAGAUCAUCCAGCAGCACAAACUGGAGAUCGCCACUAUAGAGAGAGACUGUCUCAACCACAAGCAGCAGCUCAUGAGAGCACGAGAAGCAGCCAUGUGGGAGCUGGAGGAGCGCCACCUGCAGGAGAAACACCAGUUACUGAAGCAGCAGCUGAAGGAUCAAUACUUCAUGCAGAGACAUCAGCUCCUCAAGAGACAUGACAAGGAGAUGGAGCAGAUGCAGGGUUAUAACCAGCGGCUGAUUGAGGAGAUGAAGAACAGGCAGGCGCAGGAAAGAGCUCGACUGCCGAAGAUCCAGCGUAGUGAAGCCAAGACGCGGAUGGCCAUGUUUAAGAAGAGCCUGCGCAUCACUGGCACCGGGACACCAGAGCAGGACAGAGAGAAGAUCAAACAGUUUGCAGUUCAGGAGGACAAGAGACAGAAGAAUGAGAGACUUCAUCAGCAUCAGAAACAUGAGAACCAGAUGAGGGACCUGCAGCUGCAGUGUGACUCCAACAUCAGAGAACUUCAGCAGAUGCAGAAUGAGAAAUGUCACCUGCUGAUUGAGCAUGAGACUCAGAAGCUGAAGGAGCUUGAUGAGGAGCACAGUCAGGAGCUGAAAGAAUGGAGGGAGAAGCUUCGUCCACGGAAAAAGGCUCUGGAGGAAGAGUUCACCCGCAAACUCCAGGAGCAGGAAGUCUUCUUUAAGAUGAGUGGAGAGUCCGAAUGUCUCAAUCCCACCACCCAGAGCAGAGUCUCAAAAUUCUACCCCAUUCCCAGUGUGCACUCCUCCGGCUCUUAACCUCCACCACCUAGCAAGAUCUCUUCUAGUCAGGAGUCUUUUAAAGGUAUGAGAUCAGAAUAGCUGCAUAGGUUUGAGAAGCUGAUUCAAAUCUCCCAGUGAUAAAGGACAAAGCUUAUGCAUUACCUUGACAGAUUCCGCCACAUCAAAUCCAAUGGAUUAACAUAUUCGUUUUGUCGUCUUCUGGUCAUGUUCAUUUGUGCUUGAGAUUAUAAACACAAAUCAACAACAAAUACACUCAGGCAAUAUCAUCUUGUCUUUGUGGAAUAUUUGCGUAAAACAGCCUUAAUGAGGGUCACGUGAUGCAAAGCCCAUAACAAACAUAAGGUCACAGAUAGAGGUCACGUUUAAAAGAACACGUGGACAACAUGACGUUUAAUUGUCUAAAUGUUUUGCACAGCUACUAAAUUACGUUUCAGUGCCGUUAUGGUCUCGUAUCCGCUGUUACAUGUCGUUAUAUGCCCGUUUUAACGUCCAUGCAAAGUUAUUUUUAAAACAAAAAUACUCUUUUUAGCUUUUACUAUUUGCAUUAUGGUUGAAACCAUUUGCAGUCAAGGAAUGUAACCCAUAUGAUGACACUUUAAAACAAUUUGAACAUAUGCAGUAGUGAUCUUAUUAGUGCUUUAGCAAAAAAAAAUGAGUGCCCAAAUAUUUGUAUACGGUGAUGUAAUUUCUCAUUUGGUCAAGUCACUUUGUGGUCCAGAGUACCGAGUUUUUUUUUUAUGAGCAAGUUAAUUUGAAGGGGGCCGCCUUUGCCUUGUUGAAUGUUUCAUAUAUGGCGUUCGAAGAUUUAUUUAUGGAUUGAACUGAAGGUUUUAAUUGUUAGUUCUUUUUCCUGUUUCGUCAAUAUAUGAACUUGCACGUUACAUCGUUUAUCUUGAUUCGUUUUAGUUUUUUAUUAUCACUGAAGAACACAUGCUUUGAUAGUCAAAUGUUGGGCUGCAUUUGGAAUAGUCCACUGCAAAAGUGUUUCCGUGGGAAGGCCUGAACGUGUCUCGCUGUUGCUCACUGAGGACUUUUCAUCUGAUUCAAGCUCUAUUUUUGAUAAUAUGUUUCGUGCAAGAAGUCACACAUCUAUAUCUUAGCCAUAAUAUAUGACAUGCUGUGCUCAUAUAUUUUUUGCAUGCUGAGAUAAAUCCCAAAUGCUGUACUUCACCAGACAUAAACUCUUGGAACCGACGAUGCAUUUUACAAAAGGUGGUUUUAAACCGUUUGCACAAAUGGAGACAGAGAAGUGGCCGAUAUCCCAGUGUCAUACUGCUGAACAGUGACCUUAACCUCCUGCAGCACUUUGGUGGAAUAUCUGAUGCAUUUUCGAGGUCAAUUUAUGUAUCUAAAUGCUUGUCCAUUGAUAUACUGUAAUAAUGCUGUAAAUAAAACUCAUUGUAUUUUC